AUGACAGCGAACCUGGCGGCAACCGACGACUGGGGUGAGCUCCUCGACGUCCUGGACCCGGGGGAUCCAACCGGCUCCCGGGUGAUAGCACGCUACGAUCGGUUACGCGUUCACCGCGAAGGGCUGCUUCACCGUUCGGUGCACGUGUGCGUGGUACGCUCCGUGCCCGACUGGCCCGCCCAGGUGCACGGUCUGCGCAAUACCAACUACAAGCUUCUGCUUCAGCGACGGAGCGAGUCCAAGGCGAUUGCUCCCGGCUGUUGGGACCUAUCCUGCGCAGAGCACUUGCGCGCCGGCGAGUCCUUCGAAGGAGCUGCUGUGCGGGGCCUGCAGGAAGAGCUCGGUCUAGCGCUUGCACCGGACCAGCAGACGACGCCAAUACAUGCCCUUGACGACGGAGAGCCGGCCUUGCAGCUCUACGACUAUCCGAGCGUCGGCUUAACGGACUAUGAAUGGAAUCGAAUUUACGUAGUGUUCGUUACGGACCAGGCUGAUGAGGCCCUGGCCAAACUCAAACUCGAUUCCGCGGAAGUUGCUCAAGUUCGGUGGAUUACCCGCGAGUCGCUCCAAAUGGAACUUGCAGAGAAUCCAUCGCAUUUCACUCCGUGGUUUCGAGAUCAGGCUCGAAAGCAUCUCUUACCCAGUGCGUACAACUGA